GGGGGGGAGAGGGAGAGAGAGAGAGAGAGAGGGGGGUUGCAUUGGAUUGUAUUGGAUGUGCAGAGCAGGGAACCGUCCGCAGCAUGCACGCGCAGUACGUGAGGCUGUCUGUCUGGCUGCAUAUGUGCGUACAUGCCAUGCCGGGGUAGGGUGAGUGAGCCAUGCUGCUGAGCGCCUUCUUUUCCAAUCAACACUCACUCUAUGCCUGCCUGCCACCCGCUCACCAAAUCCAUGGUCACGAGCGGAAUGGCACCCCUGCCUGCCUGCCUGCCUGCCUGUGUCUCUGACUGUGUUGGUCAUGCAUACGUGAAGCUAGAUUAAGUGAGCUGUUGCUACCUGCCUGCCUCCCUGCUGUCUUAUGCUGUCUGUCUGUCUGGGUUGUCUGUCAGUCAGUCAUGAGAAGCUGAUAAUUACAUGGACUAACACGUGGUGCCCACCCCUACCAUACCAUACACACCCUGUGCUAAUUCAUUCGUUCUUCACCCACCCUUUUUGGCAUGUAUGUGAAUUUUUCGGCUGAUGAUGCCGUGCCUCCCUACGAUAGACUGUAUAUUAUUUUGCUGUACGUGUUGUCUUGUGUUCAGUUGUGUUGUGUUGUGCCACCCGGUCGUGUCGUGUGCUGUGGUGUUGUUGAUAGGUGUCUGUCUCGUAUCGCCCGCUGAGGUCGGUCUGCCUGUACAUACACACAUUGACUGCCAUGCUCUCUCUCUUGUGCUGUCAAGAAGGGUGGGCAGGGCAGCCACGUGUUUUAAUCCAAGGGGUGCCGGGGGAGGGUGGGUGGAAAGGGGUGGCGGAAUGGUGUCACGUGUACGGCUGUAUCGUAUCUACUAGCUGCUUGUCUUUCCUUCCCGCUCUCCCUCCCCAUCACCGUGGCGUGUCUGACGGCAUCUUCUGCAUCAUUCGAUGAUGGAAGAUGGCCUGAGACAUGUGUUGGUGACGUGGAGGGUGAGGGGGAAAACGGAUGUUUGCAAUUGCGUGCGGAUUGCAGAUACAUCACAUCAUCGAUGACAGCAUGAUGACCACAAAGCAUCCGGAUGCAAAAAAAGUGACCGCAUCAGAGAACUACAACAAUAUACACACACCCUUCCGUCCUUCCCGACACCCAACAUCUAGUCUGUGACGUCACGUCUCUCUGCUCAAGUGGACAAAUGCUAACCCACACACAUGUCAAUCCAUCCAUCCAUCCAACCAUCCGUUCAUUGCGAACUCAUCCACCGUCCCGCAGCUGUCUCAGAUAGUCGUUCAUAAAGAGCUGCUUGGGGUCCAGCUCACGCUGCAGCGACCAGAAAUCGUCCCAUCGCGGAUACAGACGACCCAGGUCAUUCCCAAACAUCGUGUUGAUUUUGCCCCAGUGCGGCUUGGCCCCAUAUCGCUCGCUCAGGUCUCGCUGCACCCUCUCCGCCACAUCCAUGAAGACACCCCUCUUCCACGAGAGCGACAGCAGCACCGACACACACUUCCGCUGGUAGCAGGGCGACAGCCAGAUGUCGUCAGCUGCCGCGUAGCGCAUGUAGAGGACGGAAUUCCACCGAGAGUUGAACGCAGUGGGGUGGCUGAGCAGGGCCAGCAUCUCGGGGUAGACCUCCGUGCCGGCCUCGGAGGGCAUGUGCAUCUCGAUCUCGCUGUCGAUCCACGGCAGGAUGGGCACCGGGAACAGCCGGAGGCUGUCAUGCCACUCGAGAGUGUCGCCCUGGUCACCCGCGAGAAUCACCUUAGUGGCGGCCCACAUCUGGAGGUGCUCGAACCACCCCGGCACGUACGGCUGCAGCUGGUUGACCAGGGAGGUCAGCCGACGGAGUGCCGACAGGAUGAUCGCCUCAAGCGCAUUGUGGCUGCGGACAGGCCCGUCCACGGCGUUCCAUGUCGUCACGAGAACGUGGGAAGAGUUGCCACCAGGAAAUGCCGAGACCGUCACACGGCCCUCAGACGCACUCGCAAUCAUAGCAGGCAGCCGCGCCAUGGCCUCGUCGACGUGAAGGAAGGUCUUCUGCCUCUUCAUGGCGGGGGGGUUCUUGCGGCACUGCAGCGUCGCAGACGUGAUGAUGCCGAGAGCACCCAGCCCCACACGACCAGCAGCAAAGCAGUCGGGGUUCUCAUCCUUUGAGCAGGAGAUAACGGUGCCGUUGCCAAUCACCAUGCGCAGCUCCAAGACCGCCAUGGACAGAAUGGGCACGUCCAGCCCCGUGCCGCGCGUGCCGGUCGAGAGCGCACCGCCAACUGACUGUGCCGUGAUGACUCCUGUGUUGGGCAGCGCCAUGUUCAUCUUGGUCAGGUACUUGGUCAGGUCGGUGAUCUUCGCCCCAGCCUCUACCGUGACCGUUCCCGCCGCCUCAUCCACGCCGAGCACCCGAUCCAGCUGAUCCAGCGACACCAGCGUGUCGUUAGUGUGACACAACGGGCUCCAGGAAAGCCCUGUGCCGACCGCGCGGAUGGAGGCAUAGCCGUCCUGCUCGUAGCGAUGGCGCACAUAGUCGGCGAGCUCCUCUUCGCUGUGUGGCGUCAGAUAGACCAGAGGGCGGAAAGUGACUUCCCCAUCCCAGUUGCUGAAGGUGCCACGCUUCUCGUCGUAGCCGUGGAGGUCUCUGACGACGAAGCGGACCAGCAGGGCGAAGAGGAGCACAGAGCCGCUCAGAACAAACCGCCAGCGAGCGAAGAGGCCAGAAGAUGACAUGUAUCUCACACAAAUGGUUCGGAUCUCAAGUCCUGCAUGCACGUCCUUCGCUCGCUUUCAACCUCUCAACGUGAGAGGAGAGAGAUGGAUCUG